CUAAUGGGUCUUCGCCAACUUUUCAGCUCCAGGUCCAAGCAUGACACAUUCCAAACCUCUAGCACCGAUAAGCGAGUUGCGGAGCUAGGUCUGGGUGUUUCUGGUACCACCGAAUUGUUCCGGUCCCGGAAAAACCAGCUCUAUGUGGUGAAGACCUACUUUGGCAAAGAGGAUUACGAGUCAAAAUCCGAGUACAAAGAAAGGGUGCUUCAUGAGUACGAGGUGUUGCGCCAGCUCAGCCAUCCCAAUAUCAUCCAGGUGUAUUCAUAUCGCGUGUCAUCCUCCCGAAUCAGCCUUCACCUUGAAGCAGGGAGCCCCGAUUUACAUGUGCUCCUCAAGCAAGUGCCGAUUUCCAAUAUCAAUCCUGACGAAAUGCUCUGCUUGUGGAAACAGCUUUGCACAGGGAUCAGAUAUAUCCACUCGCUUGACUUCUGCCAUCGUGACUUGAAGUUGCAGAACCUCGUGCUUGAUCUCAGUACGGGUUGUCUCAAAAUUAUAGACUGGGCAACAGCCACCAAAAUCACCAACAACGAACCAGCAGUGGGCUUGGUGGGAUCCAAAGGCUUCGCAGCGCCCGAGAUGUUUUCGUCGAUCUCGUACGAUGGAAAAAUGGUCGAUAUGUGGUCCUUGGGAAUCGUGCUUUAUUACAUGCUUCACAAGAAGUUGCCCUGGAAGACGGCCCAGCAUUCGGAUCCCGACUUUUGCCGUUUCCAGACACAGGAAUGUGGUCCCAGUUCCAUGGUGCAAUUGCCGGGAGACCAGGCGACGAGUCAAAUCCUUGUGGUGGACCCGGCGAAACGAGUCAGUAUCGACCAGCUCUGGACUCACCAGUGGUUCCAGGGCUUAAAAUCCUGUGGAGAAAGUCCCUGUGGCAUGGAACACUUCCGUACAUUUAAGGUU